AUGAACGCCCUCCUGGAACAGCCGCACGAGCUCCGCGCGCUUGAACAGCGGCGAGACGCCCUCCGAGUCGUCCUCGACCAGCUACACGACCUGGCAGACCGCUUGCAUGGCUUGUUGGAGGCUCGCAGGCAAGGAAAUGGUCGGAUGGAGCUGCCGGUGGACCUGGGAAUGGGCUUCUGCGCUGAGGGAGUCGUCGAAGACACGGACCGCAUCAUCGUAGGCACAGGGAUGGAGGACCUCUUCCUCGACAUGCCGGUCGAGCAGGCGCAGGAUUUUGUGAAGAAGCGCAUUGCGAUUGUCGAGAAGAGGGUUGCUGAAUUCGACGAACCCAUAGCGAGGCUGAAGGAGGAGCAUGCAAAACUCGUCGAGACUUUGCAGUCGGCUUUCGGUGGUCAGAGUGGUCAGAUCAGGACGCUGGCAUGA